GAGGUGUUUUCUGCCAUUUAACACCCAGUACCCCAAAGUCUGACACCUUGCUCAUUAUCAGGGAUACCCUCGACGAACAUUCAACAAUGUCUUCUUCUUCAUCCUCAUCCACGACGCGCCCGAUUGUCUUCAUGGACAUCAACAUCGGAGAGACACCUGCAGGUCGUCUCAAGAUGGAGCUUUUCAGUGAUAUUGUGCCCAAGACGGCCGAGAACUUCCGCCAGCUUUGUACGGGGGAGUAUAGAGUGAACGCUCGCCCACAAGGCUACAAGGGCGCAAUCUUUCACAGGGUUCCAAACUUCAUGUGCCAAGGCGGCGAUUUUAUCAAGAGCGACGGUACCGGCUCUUUCUCAAUAUACGGAGACAAAUUUCCCGACGAGAAUUUCCAAGAGAAGCAUUUGGGGCCAGGUCUGCUGUCGAUGGCGAACUCGGGGCCGAACACGAACGGCUGCCAGUUUUUCAUCACAACAGCAAAGUGCGACUUUUUGGACGGGAAGCACGUCGUCUUCGGCAAGAUCAUAGACGGCAUGCUCACCCUUCGCAAGAUUGAGAACGUCCCGACAGGUCCGAACAACCGACCAAAGCUCGCCGUGAAGGUCAUCGAAUGCGGAGAAAUGUGA